GAUUGCUGUGGAAUAAUGUGAAAUCUCUCUCUCUCUCUCUCUCUCUCUCUCCAGAUCUCCAUGGCAAGAGGAAUGGGACUGGCGGCCCUUAUUGUUGUUCUUGUCCUAGUUCAUCAAACUUGCAAUACUACUGCAAAAGAUCAUUGUCCUCCUUCUUCCUGCGGCUCCAUCCUUAACAUAAGCUAUCCGUUUCGAUUAACGAGCGAUUCAAAAAACUGCGGAGAUCAAAGGUAUAAUCUUUCAUGUGAGAACAACCAAACACUAGUGUUACACUUAUAUCAUAUUGGAAGAUACUACGUACAACAAAUCAAUUACACCGACUACACAAUUCGUGUUGUAGACCCAGGUAUUGCACUAAAUGCUAAUGAUCAGUACUACUCCUUCAUCCCUCGUUAUUUACUAGACUUCAAGAAUUUCAGUUCAGGGGAUCCAUAUCAAUCAACAUAUGCUCAUGUAGUGUAUUUCGUGAAAUGUGAAAAGCCAGUGAAUUUUCAGUAUCAUCUUAACAUCUCUGCUUGCAUUGAGGAUGGAGUGUAUUCUAAGUCCAAAAGGUAUACAUAUGCUCUAUUCGGGUAUUAUCGUGCUGCAGUGAAGUUGGGGGACUUGUGCCAAGUAGAGCAAAUAUCUUUCACAUCCCUGUUAGGUCGUUAUUCUUAUUAUCAUAAUGAAGACUUGAGAAAUAUUUCCUGUACAGACUUCCACAAUGAAUUGCUACGGGGUUUUGAGCUUUCCUGGAAACGAGAUGGU